GCCAUGGAGAUAAACACAGGAGCGGCGUGUGCAGCUGAAAGUCUCAACGCUAUGAAUCAUUUAGCUAACUACAGACAUAAUUAGUGGACAGUGUUUUUCUCCGUAUUGCUGCAUUUCUUUUUUUUGGUCUCUUUUAAUUUUAAACGCCGCUGAUAUUUACAGUGUUCGUCUCUUACGGGCACACGACCUACACGGUCUCUCACUUAGACCGACGCGCUCGCUGUCAGGAUGGUGUCCUACAAGCGCCUGAACCCAGAAGAUGUUCAGUUUUCCAGUGAAGUGUUAUCAGAGGAGUCCCGUCCUGUCCAAGAGGAAAUUUCAGUGCCAGAGCCAGAAGAAGCCUCUCUGCUUCCACGAAGGCUGACAUGCUCCGUCACCACGGGCGUCCUGGUGAUCGGCUGCCUGCUGCUGAUCCUCUGUGGAGGCUGGAUCCUGGGCACCAUGUUCUGGUUGCACAGUCCCUCCAAACAGCAGCCGCACAGACCCCCAGUGCCGGUCCCGGCUCCAGCACCGACACCGACACCAGUACAAACCGAAGUAAACGACACGGCGGCUGCCCUCCGCCGCGAGGCUUGCAGUUUAAUCCCCGAGGCUUGGAGGUUUGACUGCUAUCCCGAAAGAGGAGUCGUCGUUACCAAAGAGCUGUGUGAAGCGAGGAACUGUUGCUUCAUCCCGGCCUCCGCUUCCUCCUCCUCCUCUGCCAGCCGUCCAUCAAGGGGAAACGGUAUCCCUUGGUGUUUCUAUCCUCCCGAUUUCCCUUCCUACUCGCUCAAGUCAAUAGAAGACACAUCGCUGGGACAGAAAGCUGAGCUUGUGAAGGAGGUGAAGACCUACUACCCAGGAGACAUUCUUACUCUAGAGGUGGAGAUACGUCAUGAGACAGACUCUCGGCUACGUGUCAGAAUUACUGACCCUUCGACUUCACGCUUUGAAGUUCCAAUCUCCGUUCCCAACGUCACCGAGAAGGCUGAAAAUCCAGACUACACUGUAGAGAUUUCUAAGGAGCCGUUUGGUCUGGUUGUGAAGAGGACGUCUACAGGAGCCGUGCUUUUGAACACCACAGUGGCUCCUCUCUUCUACGCGGAUCAGUUUCUCCAGUUGUCCACCUCCCUGCCCAGUCAGUUCAUCUACGGCCUCGGAGAGCACCGCUCCACCUUUCUGCAUGACGUCCACUGGAACACGCUCACCAUGUGGGCCAGAGAUGUGCCUCCAAUGGAGCAGACAAACCUGUACGGAGCGCAUCCUUUCUACCUGGCAGUCGAGGACGGAGGGAACGCACACGGCUUCUUCCUGCUGAACAGCAAUGCAAUGGAUGUGGCCCUUCAGCCCGCCCCGGCCCUCACCUGGCGCACUAUUGGUGGAAUCCUCGACUUUUACGUUUUCCUUGGUCCCGAUCCUGCUUCAGUGAUCGGACAGUACGUGGAAGUCAUCGGCUACCCAGCGAUGCCCAUUUACUGGGCUUUAGGCUACCAUCUCUGUCGGUGGGGUUUUAACUCAAGUGAAUCCACCUGGGAGGUUGUUAAGAGCAUGAGGAAUUAUGGGAUACCCCAGGACGUCCAGUGGAACGAUAUCGACUACAUGGAGCAAUUUUUGGACUUCACUUAUGACUCAACGAAUUUUGCCACACUACCAGACAUGGUCAAAGACUUGCACGCUCAUGACCAGCGCUAUGUGAUGAUCUUGGAUCCAGGUAUCAGUAGCACUCAGCCUGAGGGCUCGUACUGGCCCUAUGAUGAAGGACUGAGGAGAAACGUUUUUAUUAAAGAUGCUGAUGGAAAAACACUUAUUGGGAAGGUGUGGCCGGGUCUCACAGCAUAUCCUGACUUCUCUGACGACAUGGCCCACGAAUGGUGGUACGACAACCUUCAGAGGUUCCAUGAGAAGGUGCCGUUUGAUGGAUUGUGGAUUGACAUGAACGAGCCAUCAAAUUUCUUAGAUGGGUCCACAAACGGCUGUCCAUCAAACAGUCUUGAAAAUCCACCUUACACACCAGGUGUACUAGGAGGUUUGCUGAGAGCCAAAACUGUGUGUGCAUCUGCACAGCAGAAGCAGUCCACACACUAUAACAUGCACAGCCUCUAUGGACUCAUGGAAGCGAAGGCCUCGGCAAGUGCUCUGAAGCGGAUCGUGGCAAAGAGGCCUUUUGUAAUCUCUCGCUCCACCUUCCCCAGUCAGGGGAAAUACUCUGGUCACUGGCUGGGAGACAACAGGAGCCAGUGGAAAGACCUUUACACCUCUAUAGCAGGUAUCUUGACCUUUAACCUUCUGGGCAUCCCGUUGGUGGGAGCAGAUAUUUGUGGCUUCAGUGAGGAGCCGCAGGAGGAACUCUGUGUCCGCUGGACGCAGGUUGGAGCUUUCUAUCCAUUCACACGCAACCACAACGCCAUCGACAUGAAGUCUCAGGACCCAACAGCUUUCAGCCCCAUGGCUCGUUUAGCCAUGAAACAAGCUCUGCUGCUACGCUACUCUCUCUACCCGCUCCUCUACACGCUCUUCCAUCAUGCACAUGCACACGGACACACUGUCGCACGGCCCCUCAUGUUUGAGUUUCCAAAAGAUGUAAGAACUUAUGGGAUUGAUAAACAAUUCCUCUGGGGGAAGAGUUUACUGGUGACGCCGGUGCUGGAUCCUGGAGUAGACUAUGUGGAGGGUUACUUCCCAGCAGGUCUGUGGUACGACUACUACACGGGCGACUCUGUGAACAGUAAAGGUGAAGAGCUGCGACUCAACGCACCUCUAGACAAGAUCAACCUGCAUUUGCGUGAAGGAUCUGUGAUACCUACACAGGCGCCCAACCUGACCCUGUGGGUGAGCAGCGGUCAGCCUCUCCACCUCGUCUCUGCGCUGUCCGAUGACGGCUCGGCCAGCGGAGAUCUGUUCUGGGAUGACGGAGAGAGCAUCGACACCUACGAGAACGACCACUACACCUACAUCAUCUUUAACGUCUCUCAGAACGUAAUGACGUCACAGGUGCUCCACAACAAUGUGGAGGCCACGUACAUCACGGUGGAGUCAGCGUCUUUCUACGGUGUGAAGCAGCAGCCGAGCAGAGUGCUGGUGAACUCCCAGGAUGCAUCGUUCACCUACAGAAUGAACCAGGUGUUGACAGUGGCAGAUUUGGGCCUGAACCUCAGUCGGAACUUCACCAUCAGCUGGAUGUGAAGAAAAAAAAAUCAGAUUUUAUUUGAAAUAUUAGUUUUAUGUGUUGAUGGUUAUUGAGACUGACACACAGUGGAGUCUGGAAGUAUUAGAGCAGUGAUGUUUUUCACUAUUUUGGCUCUCUACUCUACACUGGGUAAUAACAGGAACUAUAACUGAGCUUAAAGUGGAAGUUCACGUCCAUAUCUGGUUAACAGCACUUUAAACUUUAUUGUUAUUGUUUCAUUUCAUAAACACUGUGCUGGAGUACAGAGCCAACACAAAACUGCCCAUCAGUGAGCAAAGAUGAGCAGGUAAAACAAAGUGGAGGCGCUCAGGAGUGAGUGAGGUCAUGAUUGUGUUCAUAUUAUUUAUCGGGCAUCUCAGAGAGGCUUUGCACACUUUUAUUUUUUUUUAAUGGACAAAAGCAUUUCUGUGUGCAAAAAGCAACAAAACACAAUCACUGACCCACAAAAGCGCCGACACUGCUUUUCAUAUCCAUGUGGAUGUGUCAUCAUUGAUAAAUUAUAACCAAACCAUCACAUAAUUUAAAACAAAACAGCUUGGCUUGGUCUUGGUACUUUUUAUGAGUUCUGAUCCGUAAAUCAAAUCUGUAUUUUAUUUUAUUUUGAAUUUAUCAUCAGCAGAAGGAUGAAGUGCAAUGAAUUACAGAGAGGAUAAUCUACCUUCCUGCAAAUGUGAUGAGGGUCUUAUAAUAGUCCAUGAUGUAAUAUAUUGUUAAUGCUUGAAUGCAGUCGACGGCCUAUUUUUGCACUAAUUAGUACUGCAGUAUUGCAUAGGUAGAUACAGGUGCCUUAUGAUUCCUGUUUCUGUGUUUUUGAGCGUCUCUGGGUUUGUUCCAGAUGAUUUUUUUUUCUCCAGCUUUAUAUUUUAAAUGUGUUUGCAACGCUAAAAAGACCAUAGUACUGAUGUGCUACAGGACAGCUUUAACCUUUGUGUCGUCCUCCCGGGUCAAAUUGACCCCGUCUGUUUUGACUGUUCCUUCUUUCCUCCCUUCCUUCCUUCCUUCCUCCCUCAUUCUCUCUUUCUUUCCUCCCUUCCUUCCUUCCGUCUGUCCUUCCUCCCUCCCUCCUUCUGUCCUUCCUUCCUCCCUUCCUCUUUUCCUUUCUCCCUCCCUCUCUCCUUCCUUCUUUCCUCCCUUUCUUCCUUCCCUCCUUUCCUUCCUUCUUCCUCCCUUCCUUCUUCCCUCCUUUCCUUCCUUCUUACUCCCUCCUUUCCUUCCUUCUUCCUCCCUUGCAUCCUUCCUUCCUCCCUCCCCUUUCUUCCUUUCCUUCCUUCUUCCUGCCUUCCUUCCUCCCUCCUUUCCUUCCUUCUUCCUCCCUUUCAUCCUUCCUUCCUCCCUCCCUCCCUUCCUUUCUUCUUUCCCUCCUUGAGUCAAGGACAACAGGAGGGUUAAAUGGAAAAUGGACAUCAGAGCAGCCGUGAAGAGUUCUGUAAAAAAAAAAAAAAAAAAACUACUGUGAAUUUUCUCAGCACUGAUUUUUCUGACGGAGUUUAAAAACUGAAGCCGGGUGAAUUUCUUGAGGUAGUUUAGUUUCAAGUUUUCAAGAUUGAUUCUGCAUGAAUCUGACCGCGAUGCUGUGGACAUCUGAUAGUUUCUGAUAAUUUAUAAAGGCUUUCUCACAACACACCAGUACGAGUACGAACAUGUUGCCAGCCAAUCUGUCAACUUUGAAAUAUGCACGCAGUUGCUAUUUUAGCUCUACCCUCUUUCAUAUUAAUAAGGUGGACGUAAUAUUAGAAAUACCUCUAAGUGUAAUGCAGUAGAAUUCAACAGCACCACAGCAGUUUGCAGUAUUUGAUCAUAAAGCUGAGAGUAUUCGUUUUUAUGUGAUUGUGAAGAUUUAAUUAUAUAUGAGCAAUAUGAGAAUUGUUAUUUUUUCAGCACGCGUUACCAAAAAUGAUGAUUGACAACUUUUGGCGUGACAACAGGUUGAAGAAAAUGUUAAAAAAAUUAAAGCCAAACACAACUUUAAGCUAUGUUUUAUUUUUAAUUGCAGAUGUAUAAAAAUCAUUUUCUACUUAUUUGAGCUCUGCUGUGGUCAACAGAUCAUAUUUUUUGAAUAAAUUAUAUUUUGAUGGAUCUUGAACCUGAAAUGUUGGCGCUCUCGAGCCACUAGAGGACACAAUUCCUCAGCGCUGGGAUGAUUGUUGGUGUCCUUUCUCCUCACAGAUACUCAUUUCCCUCAUGAGAACCAAGGAUUUGAUUUCAGAUGUGUUUGUCAGCCUUAAUUACUGAGAGUAAAUUAAAGAUGAUGUUUUUGGUUUGAACCACAGGAGCAGAAUGUUUUUUGGG